AUGUCGUUUUUUCGCAAUCUUUUGAUCCUGUUUGCAGGAGUAGCUACUCACAUCUUUUACCUACAUGGUUCUGAACAUCAUAUGCACGGUAUACGUUAUCUGCAGCUUCUACUGCUCGUCCUCAUGACCUAUGUCUCGUUUACAACCUUGACCUACUCUCUCGACGUUGGCGCGAACUUGAAAGACGCUCUUGCACUUAUCUUCAUCUAUCUCGCUGGCCUCUACACUAGCCUUGUUACCUAUCGUCUGUUCUUCAGCCCCCUCCGUCAUUUCCCUGGCCCUCUGGGCUCUCGGAUCUCCAACUUGUACCUCUCCCUGCACCUUACCAGACUUAACGCCCACGAAAAGCUUCUCUCUUUGCACGAGACCUACGGUUCCUUCGUCCGCGUUGGUUCUUCCGAUCUCUCCAUUACACACCCAAAAGCUGUACAAGCAAUCUACGGACACCAGUCACAAUGUAGCAAGGCAGACUGGUAUGAUCUCACCCUUCCAAUGGUCUCCAUGCAAACAACGCGGAACCGCAGCCUGCAUGACCAAAGAAGACGAAUCUGGAGCCAGGCUUUUGGCGAAAAGUCAAUGCGCGGCUACGAGCGAAGAAUGAGUGUGUUUCAGGAACAACUCAUUGGAAAAAUCGAAACUGCAGUCUCCAAGGACAGCUCUACAAACGUGACUGAGCUGUUCAAUCUUUACACCUUCGAUGUUAUGGGAGAUCUGGCAUUCGGCGAGGGAUUCGAUAUGCUUAAGACUGAUCAGUUGCAUUGGGCAGUGCAAUUGGUGGGCGAGGCACUGACGCCAUUGGGACUGAUGUUGCCGACUUGGAUGUUUCGGGUAUUAGUGUCGAUACCAUUUGCAGCAAACGGAUGGUGGAGCUUUAUACGUUAUUGCUGUGAUAAGUUAGAUGAGAGAAUGACAAAGACGACAAUCACUUCGGAUAUCCUCUACACGUUGCUCAAACCCUAUAAUGGAUCUAAACCAUCUGGCGCAGAGCUAAAGGUGUUACAAGGCGACACGCAACUUAUUGUCGUCGCUGGAAGUGACACUACCGCAACAACUUUGGCAAGUCUUUUCUACGAGCUCGUCCAAAAUCCAAAACACAUUGAUUUAAUCCGACAAGAAAUCGCACCCCACAUGGGUCCCAAUGGUGACAUUGUGCACCAACCACUCCAAUAUCUUGAGCAUCUGAACGCAGUCAUCGAUGAGACGCUACGACUUCAUCCACCUGUUGGCACUGGCCUACAACGUAAGACGCCUCCUGGAGGUAUCGAGAUUGGCGGCACGUUCAUACCCGGCAACACUACCGUCUCGUGCCCACAAUACGUUAUUGGGAGAAGCGAAGCCAUCUACAAAAACGCCCACAAAUUCCUACCCGAACGCUGGUACAAAUCCUCCACCACCUCCGGCAAGGAAAAAGGUGCCUACGCACCCUUUUCCGCAGGACCUUACAAUUGCAUUGGUAAACCUCUCGCACUCAUGAAUCUGCGUACAACAGCCGCAAAACUACUCUACCGAUUCGACAUCUGCCUUGCGGAUGGCGACGACGGAACGGCGUUUGAACGGGACAUGAAGACGCAAUUCACCGCAGCCAUGGGACCUUUGAACUUGAAAUUCACUGAAAGGAAGGUUGGAGCUUAG